AUGGAAGUGGCCCAAAGUGUGGUCACCUGGUUUGGAUCCGCUGAGAGCAGAACACACUCGGACCAGGUAGGUCCCCGGAUUGUCCUCCUGGACUCUCCAGCUCACUCCUACUACUAUGGCAGGAGCCAUGGUGCUCCUAACUGUAGGGCAAAAAUAGACCUCUUAUUAGUUGGAGAUGUCACUGUUCACUGCCUGGCUGAUACUGUACAGAAAUUCUUUUCAAAUACAGCCGGAGUCACCGUCACCAUUAGCGACGUGCGGGAGGCAUCCAAGCUUUUGGACGAUGGCACCUUCAACAUGGUUUUCCUACAGAUGACUUCUUUCCUAAGUGCUGAGGACCUCGAAGCUGUCAGGUUAAUUAGAUUUGGCAAGAAGAAAAACACAUGUUUGCUGUUUGUUUUCAUAAUCCCUGAAAAUUUUAAAGGUUGUAUUUCAGGGUAUGGAACUGAUAUUACUUUAGUUGAACCACUGACAAUGGAAAAAAUGAGCAGUGUGGUAAAAUACUGGAAAACAUGUCUCUCAAAUGCUGCUAAGAAUGAACAUGCUCUCUGGCCUGAAGAACCUGGAGUGUCCUUGCAGAGGUCUUGCAGUGAACACCUGGAAUGUGUUUCUACUGAUCUGUUUGGCUGCUUUGAAUCUCUAAGAAAUGACAAUGGGUUUGAAUUAAAGGCUCCGUUGUCAGAGUUCGAGAAAAGCAAAAAUAUUUCUCUUCUUCAUUCAAGCAAGGAAAAAGUGAGAAGAGAAAGAAUCAAGCAUUGCUGCGAGCAGCUGCGCACUCUCUUGCCGUACACAAAGGGGAGAAAGAACGAUGCGGCGUCAGUUCUUGAGGCCACAGUUGAUUAUGUGAAGUACAUCCGGGAGAAAAUCCCUCCAGCUGUGAUGGGCCAGAUUACAGAAGCACUUCAGAGCAACAGGAGGUUUUGUAAGAAACAGCAAGUGCCUAUCCAGCUCUCUCUCCCAAGCACAGUCAUGGCACAAAGGGAGAGUGGAGUGUUGACGAGCACGUAUUCACCUGUAAGAGGGGUCCAGUUCCUGGCUAAUGAGUGCUUGGAUGUGUAUUCUGUUCCUGCUGCAGAGGGCUCAUGGGAUGCAGCUGUGGGAGGCCAGCCAAGCUCCGCUUCGGAGAGGGCUGUUGGUGAUCCGCGUAAAUCCCAACUUCCCACUACAGUGUGCUCUCUGAAUUCCUUCCAUGCCGUCAGUUAUUGCUCUCAAGCCAUCCCUGCCUGUGAUGCGGCUGCCUCCGCGAGUCAGAACAUUUCUGUUCAUUUACCUCCAGCUGUGCCCAGAGUCUCAAAAUUUCUCCCUCAGCACUGCAAUUCUGGGUUGGGCCGGACAUGUGCGACGCAUCAUCACUGCCUGCAACAGUUUUGGGCAUAUUAAAAGCACAUGUCUGAAAUUCACACUCUAGAGCACCCACUGGGCGCAGUUUGACAAUACAGGAAAAGUGGAACAAAGAAUGAUUUUGAAAGCUCCACCCAGAGACCUCAUAUCAAAAGAGCUGGCGUCCUCUGACUUGUGAUGAAAGUGCUCAAAACUUCUGCAGAUGGAAAGACCAGCAGCAAAAGGGCCGGCCGGACUCUCUCACUCAUCUUCAUACGCACUUGGCUCUCCCCCCGCCAGAGAGCCACAAGGACAAAUGGCCUUGGUGACCAGCACUCUUUUUUCUCAAAACAUAUUCCACAAAUUAUGAAAAAAGUGCACUAAAAGAAGAUCCAGAGAGAGUGGAUAAAGUGGAGCAGGCACAUUGAUACCUUGUGUCACUGAGCACGGAUAUUGCAACUACAUUGCGACUCGCUUCCUAUGUUUCGUGCCCCUGUGUAUCAGUCACUUAUUUCUGGGUGGUAUCUUUCCCAGGUUUGACAUCUUAGAGAAUGUCCUUCUGUGCUCACCAUCCAAACCGAGCUGUCUAGAGAGAGACUGAGAGAGGGGUCUCCCUCCUCACUUGGCUACCAGUGAUUAAAGGGAUGAGUGUGUUUUUGCAUCUCUCAACCCCAUGAGUAAAACGGUAACUAACAGGUAAAUUUUUCUUUCUGGAUCUUCAGUUACAGACUAGCAGAUCCUUACUUUCUUCAUUUUUCUUCUCUCCCUCCCUGGGGUAUUAGAAAAGUCUGCUGAAAAUAAGGAGAGGAAAAUGUUUGUUUUAUAUUUCACUGAAACGUUCUUAUGCAUAUGUUUUAUUAUUAAAGGAAAUAUCCCAUUCUGACCCUGAAAACUGUAAUCCAUUUUUGUUUUGUUUAAUAAACAGAUGUUCCCUCUUUUAGUAGUAUGCUGUAGGGAAUUUAAUUUCCUUGAGUUUUAUUUGAGAAGCUUAAAAAUUACUGUAGGCAUAGCCUAAUUUUCACAUCAAAUUGUAUAACUUUUCUUUGAGGAUGCCAAAUGAUGGAAUCUGUAAAUAUUUGACAUGCUUUAUAAAGGAACUGGAAGUUUCCACUAAGGGUUAUUUUUA